GUUAUUAUAUCGUCUUAGUUGCCUCAUGGCUUCGUUUGAUGAAUGAAAAAGGUGCCUUUUUCGUAAGUAGCUUUUGAUGGGCGACUUGUUUUGAUUGGGGACUUGAAACAGUUAAGUUUUUUCAUUAAACAAAUUUUUUGGCUCAUCGUGUCAGCUCAAGUAUUGUCGGAUCUUACCGUUUCAUAAGUUUGCGAUGAUGAAGAAGAAUAACUGAUUUCUCAUUGUUUAAAAUAGAUAUACAUAUAUAAAAAAAUUUUAACAUGGAGAAAGAGAAACAGUUAGGGGACAGUUGACGAACCCAUUCGGGUUACAAAGCACUGCCCGUUUUAUCACAUGAAAUACAAAUUUUGGGAUCUUCAAUGAAAGUGGAUAAUAAUUAAUAACAUCAGAGCUCUGCAUCAAAAUUUGAAACGAUUUGCCCUCACUAUCCUUGCAUUUAGGUAAAAUAUGUGAACAAAAAUCAAAUUUGAUCAGCUCUUAGAAACAGCUUUUGGAAUUAAGGAAUUUUGUCUAAAUAAAUUAAAGUGCUGAGCUCCUCUGCAAUUAAAUGAAGCUCUUCGAAUUUUGCUUUUGAGACUGGGAACUUUCAUCAAAUCUAAAGUUGACCUUUUGGUCAUAUACGACGGUAUAUCAAAUACAAACAGCUCAUUCCAAAAAUUUUCAGAAUGUAAUUCUGCUAUUGAUCGUAGGACAAAUUUGAGGAGUUCAUACACAUGCAGCUCGUGGGCUGUUAAAAAUUUUUCAUCGUCAAAAUUUUGUCGAAUGCUUUCAUUUUUCUUUUGAAAAACAAAAUCAGUCUAUUAAUUUUGUUUUGGGUCAUAAAAGGGACAAAAAUGGGCAAAAUGGGAUUGUUGUUGGAGCCAUAAUAUUCAAUCAUAACGGUUUUGGGAACAUAAUGACGUAUUUUCGAUACCGCCACAUUGUUUUCUAAGCUUAAUUCUUAUUAAAUUAAUGUGAGACUUAAAUGACAAUUUAGCAUCUAAAUCUAACAAUUGUAAGAGCAGUUAUUUUACCUCAAGAUUUUUUUGAAAGGAAACUUAUUCGAGGCAAAUCGAGACAACAUGAAAAUUGUAGUUAGAUAUAAUUUUUCAGUUUUUUGACGUUUUCAUAAAAACAUGGGGAAACAAGUUUUUGCGAUCUAGUGUGUCCAUGUUCAAAUUGACUAUAAAUUCAUUUUUUCAAUCAUGCCUCGAAGAAAAAAUACUGCAGUUUUAAUGUAAACAUUUUUAGGUAACUGGUAAUUUUUGUACUUGGCAUGUAAUGUCUUUGAUCUAUUUGAAGCGGUAAUCUCAUUGUCACAAGAAGUGGGCAUAACUUUUUUAAGAACAUUUCUGUUGCAUAGCUAGUACUCAAUUCUUAGAAGCUUCUAGUACAAAAAUUCGUCUUCAUGAAAUUGCGCUCAAUAUUGCUAUCUUCAAGAUUAUUUUAAGACAAAAUGCUUAGCGUGGCGUAAUCUAUGAGAAGCAUGCUGACUUCGCGUGCUCUUAUUUAUCGAAUAGAUAGAUGGAGUCUUUGCACUUAUCGAGUCUUUCGGAGAUGUCAAAAUACAUCCGCCGCUUCUACUGCUGUUGUUGAACGAAAGAAAGUCCAGUCGUGGGUGCAGACAGCCUGGGUGACUCCGGAAUUCGAACCCGGACAUAAAAUGCGACCUGUUGCUUACAGUGAGAGGAGAUUAAGACGCGAAUACAACUUUCCCGAUUCGCCAAUAAAUGAUGUGUUUCUUAAUAUGUUUCUCGGAAAAAUUGUAUAUGAUCACUGCUUUCCGUAUCAUAUUUUGACAAAACCUCAGCAUGAUGUUUUUGCUAGAAAGUUAAAUAGUCUACAACAGUUCAUGAAAUCACAGAACUUAGAAGAAACUAGUUCUAACCAAGAGGUUUUGUCAGCUUUCCGAAAAGCAGGACUUCUCGGAAUUCGAACCAAUGCGGAACUAGGUGGACUUGGAAUUAGUUUUGAACGAGAGCUUCUCCGGUUUAGCGAAUGUCUGUUAGAUUAUACAGAAGAUGCAGAGUUGCUUAAACACGCUGUAAUUCAAAAUGUGAUUCAGAUGUGUAUUGCAAAGUAUGUUCUAAAUGAUGAAGUUUCGAAGAAUUUGAGAACUCUGAUAAACGAAGAAAUAACAGCCGAGUUCGUCGUUUUCGGAAACGCAAACGUUAAAAAGUUUGACGAUGGGUGGAUGAUAACAUCGGAUGAGCAACUUGAAAAAUUUGGACAGUUAAAUGAUAAAGUUCCAGAACUGCUUCUAUGCGUUGCAAAAGAUUCGUCAAAGAACAAAAAUGUUGCUUUUUUGGUCACUACUGCAGAUAACGAAGGCUCAGUGUAUAAAUCAGAUUCGAAAACAUUCGAGCUCAAUUCUUGUCCAGUAAGCUCAGCGCUCACAAUUGAAAACGGAGAUGACCUAAUCGAUAUGUUUCACUCGUUCAAUGCGCUUUGUAUUGGUGCUUUGGUUUCGAAAUGGGCUAAGCGCUUGACGUCCGAGCUUUUUCUCGAUGUUAGUAGAAGAAGGCGCUAUGGAUACAGAAUGAUCAAAUAUCAAAACAUCAUGAGUCAGAUUGAAGAAAUAGAGAAAAUCUGCUAUGCGAUUGAAACUCUUCCCUACUUCUCAGCUGCAAAAAUGGACAGGGCACGAGAUCGAUUUAAACAAGAGCCUCCUAAAAUGUUAGCAGAAAUUAGAUCGGGUCAAAUAUUGCAGCACAGAUACGCUCUUACUCUGACUGAAAAGUUAUCGUGCCUAGGUGGUUUGAGUUGCCUUGGUAACCAAUCUUUCAAUAAUUUUGUUAGUUUUGCCGAAAAAGAAGCAUAUCCAAAUAUAGAAAGUACUACUGAAAAAAUAGCCAACGAAGGCAUGAAAUUAUACGUGGAAAGUUUGACCAAUAAGGAGUUGCAGCACCCUUUUCGACAUAAAGUGAGACAGUUUUAUUUCAAUAACAUCAUACAUGCUGCCAGCAACAACAUUGAAUCAAUGUUGUCGGACCCGAACAUGGUUUUUCUUCAUAAUAAUUUCAUGAGUAUUGCGAAUUCUGUAGAUAAGAGUAUGUAUGAAAUGUUCAAAAUUUUGAAACAAGCUAGAAAAGAGAGACCGGAAACUUUUCACGAAGAUGAGUUUGUGAAGAAAAUAAUCACAGAAUUUUCUCUGAGCAUGCAUUUGGUUAUUGUCAUGCUUGCAAGGUCAACUCAGUCGACAUUCGCAGGGAAUCCUCAUUAUCAUCACGAGUCUAGGUUUGUUGAAAAAUUUGUCUGGGAUCUUCUACAAGACAUGGGAGACAUGAUACUGCAAUGGUCAAAACCAGGAGCUUUUGAAGCCGCAUCAGUGGUCGCCGAACAUGCAAAGAGCAAUAUUGAAGUUUUUAAGGACGUUCUUUCGUGGACUGAAGUGAAAUAAAGUUUUGAUUUAAUCUUGAAGUUAUUGCAAAAUAUUGUACAUUGAAACUCAUUUUUCAUGAUCUAU